UACCUUUUUGUGCCUUUAAAUCAACCCACAAUCUCAAAGAUCAUUCCUUCCUCUUCUCCCUCUUCUCCUCCCUUACCCAUUUGCUUACUCUUUUGAGUUUUCUCCUCCUUUUUAGUUUAAAGAUCCAAUCUUUUCACCAUUUCUCCCCAUUUUACCCCCCAACUUCUCCCUUUUUACUCUUUCUGGUCAAAAUCCAUUCUGGGUUUUAAGUCUUUUUGCUUGAAACCCAUUCAAGAUCCAACCUUUUGUGUUCUCUUAUUAACUAAAAUCCAUUAAAGAUCCAAUUUUUACCCCUUAUUCUGCCCAUUUUACCCUCUAAAAUUUCUGGGUUUUUAGUUUUUUUAGCUAAAACCCAUUAAAGAUCCAAACUCUUUUUUAUACAAAUUUGCGAACCAAACAAAAAUUAAUGCUAUAUAGAAAUUUAUUCAUGUUCAAGAUUCAUGUCUCCAGUUCUUAGUGAAGUCCUUCGUUCUGGUUAUAUAAUUAGUUCUUCACUGAGACGCCGAACCCAUCUUGUUCAAUCUUUUUCAGUUUGUUUCCUUUACUGGUUUUACUGUUUCUCAGAAUUAUAAAAAAUCUUAAUCUAUAGUUCUUUUUAGUAGUACUACUUUAUUAUAUUCACCUAGCAUAGCCUUCUUUUUAUUUUGCGUACAUAUAUAUACCUGCAUAGCGACAGCUUUGACAAACCCUGAUGGCUACUUCGAGUGGAAAUUCAUCUCAAAUUCAGACUAAUUCAGGUUCCGAAGAGGUGUUAAUGGUGGUUGAUGAGAGGAAGAGAAAGAGAAUGCAAUCGAAUCGCGAAUCAGCAAGGAGAUCAAGAAUGAGAAAACAAAAGCAUCUUGAUGAUUUAAAUGGUCAAGUAACACAACUGAAGAAUGAAAACAGUAACAUCCUCAACAGCAUCAAUGUUACAACACAACAGUAUUCUAAUGUUGAGGCUGAGAAUUCUGUCUUAAGAGCACAAAUGAUGGAGUUAACUCAAAGGUUGCAAUCUCUUAAUGAAAUCCUUAAUUACAUCGACAACAAUAAUAAUAACAACAACAUUAAUAAUAAUAAUAAUAAUAAUAAUGGGGGUUUUGAGAUUAAUAAUUAUCAUCAAGAUGAUUUUCAGAUUAAUCCAUGGAACAUGAUGUAUGUUAAUCAGCCAAUUAUGGCUUCUGCUGAUAUGCUUUAUCAGUAUUAGUUUUUUUUUUUUUUUUUAAUUGUUGUUGUUGUUGUCAUGGUGGUGUAAUGUUCAAUUAAUGGUGGUGGUGGUUUAUUUUUAUUAGUAUCUUUAUUAUUGUUAUUUGGUUAUGUGGUUAUUAUAAUUAAGAAGUAUUAGCAGUAAGAUUUGAGUUAUUAGAAGUAAUAUUAGAAUGAGUUUAAUGUGAAAACAGUCAAAGAGGAUGAGCUUGACUGAUAUUUGGGCAUGUAAAAAAGGGGUCAUGUGUUGAUAUAUUAUUGGAAUGAAUGGUUGUCAAUGAA